AUACUAAUCAAAUUAUAUAAAUUAAAGUGACUUCGUUAGCAAAUAAUUACGAUUUGUAUUUUGUUUCUUUGCAGAAGGAACUCAGCAACUGCAGCAAAUUCUGCAUUAACCUCAUUCUAGAAACUGCUUCGUAUAAUAUCUGUGUUAUUGUAACCAAGGUCAGCGACUUACUUAGUUAUGGUGAAGAAGAAACGUCAAUCAGAUGUGCAUGAGGAUGGCUCCUCCACAGACUCCUCUGUGGGUCCAUUGCAUAGUCCUACAACGGGCGUUGGUGUUUGCCAACAUGUAAAGAAGGCUGUUGACCCCACUAAAUUGCGCAAGGUACUAAAAGCUAGUGGCUUGGCCACGGAUUGUAUGCAAUGCUCUAAGCAAAGCGGUACUUCACCUGCUGCAGAGGUUAAGGAGUCUUCCAUAGAUGAAUCCAAUUCCGGUUUCGAGUAUGAUAAUACACUCUGGUUAUGUUUGAAAUGUGGUUCUCAACUAUGUGGUCGGUCUAGGAAUCAACAUGCUUUGCAACAUUACAAAACACCUCAUUCCGAUUCACAUGCCCUCACAAUGAAUACACGUUCGUUUGAGAUAUGGUGUUAUGAUUGCGAUAACGAGGUUAAACCUAAUUCGCGGAAAAAUCUUUUGGAAUGUGUUGAAAUAGUAAAAAAGGUCGCGCAAAAGCCAAUUCCUAUCGCCUCACCAACUACGAAUACACCUCUUACCAAUAUAGAGGGGAAAAUAAUUGCCACGUGGGAAUCUUUGCGCCCACUAGUUGAGCUUCAACCCGGAGGGACACCGAACAAACCAAUACCGCUACCGCCACCGCCACCGCCGCCCAUACCUGGCAUGGCAAAGCGUGUAACUGCACCCUCAAUUGUAUCUGUUCCGGCCGCAACGUCGCCCAUUCCACCCUUGAUGAGUUUAAAUUUAUCAAAUACAGUUGACCCGCAAUUUGUCGAGACAUUGCCGCGCGUGCGUGGUUUGACUAAUCUUGGCAACACAUGUUUCUUCAAUGCAGUAAUGCAAUGUCUGGCCCAAACACCAUAUUUGUUAGAUGUACUGAAGGAGCUGGCUGAGCCAGGCGAAGAAUUCAUUUUGCCAGGAGGUACUUUUAAGUUCAAAGACGACGAAGAUGUGCACCUACCAAUGAUCAAAGGGACGUUGUCAUCGUGGGGGGGUCUAACAGCUGCUCUUGCUCAAGCGUUGGAGGAGUUGCAAUUAGGAGGUGGUGUUUUUACCCCUAGCAAAUUAUUCGAUAAACUCUGUACAAAAUGUCCACAAUUUCGAGGUGGUGAUCAGCACGACUCCCAUGAACUGCUGCGCCAUUUGCUGGAGAGUGUUAGGUCUGAAGAUUUAAAACGCUAUCAGCGUGUAAUACUAACCAACCUUGGCUACAAGGAUCAGGACAUUAACAGCGUUUCGGAAGAGAUGCGUCAAAAAUGUAAAAUAUAUGGAAAUCAGGCUGCGGAUCGCAUACUCCGCCCAGAGCAAGUAUUUCGGGGGUUUCUCGUAUCGACUCUGACUUGUCAAGAGUGUUUUAAUGUGUCUUCACGCCAUGAAUACUUUUUGGACAUGUCGUUACCAGUUAGCGUGGAAAAGCCACAGCCACCUAUUAGACGCAAAGCCAGCCCUGAUAAUUCGCCCAAUGCAUGCUCGUUUUUCUUAAAUGCUCCGCCUGCAGGUCCCUCUAAGGCGCAACUAAAAAAAGAAAAGGAGAAAGAACGCAAAGCAAAACGCGCAGCUAAACAUCAUGAAAAUAAACUUAAGCAAAAAGCUUCAUUUGAGAAUAUGACAGGCGCCUCCGGAGAGAUUGUGGAUACGGCUCCUGAAAUCGGAUUUGCUAAACGCGAAGAUGCCGUUGGAUUUUCCUCCUCAUCAUCUUCAUCUGAACACUCAGACGCUGAUGUGGAAGACAACCUCGUAGAUGACAAUGCGGCCACAAAAACAUCGCGUACUUCUACUGCAACAUCUUAUGAUACAAAUGGAAACAAUCAAUUGCCUAACUCCGGCAAACCAGAGAAGCGCGAUGAUUCACCAGAAAAUAUGGACAAAGACUCACUCGAUGAAGAUGAAAAUGAUUCAGGUAUCGCCAAUAGCCCAGCGAAUGCUGGCAGCAACUUUUUACCCUGCUCUGAGACGAAUGGUUGUCACGCCGGCUCCGCAACCACAAAUAAUAGUCUAAUGUCAGUUGGGAUAAGUGAGAAAGGUGCCACGAUUGUACGUCAGCUAACAUUAACGGAGCCAGACGCAGCAGAGAGUGGCGCCGUUGGAUUGGUUAAUGGUGAAUUAAAAGACGAAGCAGCCUUAACUGCCCAACUGGAACAACUACAACUUAACGAACAAAAGGCGGCACGUAUGAAGGCUAAGCGCGUUCGAACGCAAAGCCACUCCGAUUGGAGUACGACAAUAGCACCGCGUUAUCAAUGUGAAGAUGGAGAAUGUUCAGUACAAUCCUGCCUUAAUAACUUCACCGGCGUUGAGUUAAUGACGGGCAACAACAAAGUGGGAUGUGAGAAUUGCACAAAACGCAUCAACGGCACCGAUCCAAAGGCAAAGACCGUGAACACAAAUGCAACAAAACAAUUUCUGAUAUCUAGUCCGCCAGCGGUAUUAAUCCUACAUUUAAAACGUUUUCAACUUGGCCCACGAUGCAUUUUUCGCAAAUUAACACGGGCCGUUAGCUUCCCAAUGGUACUCGACAUCGCUCCAUUCUGUGGGUCCAAAGUAAAAAAUUUGCCAAAUAUAGAUCGCAAGCAAAAGAAACUUUUGUAUGCGCUUUACGGCAUUGUAGAGCACUCUGGCGGCAUGUAUGGUGGCCAUUAUACAGCAUACGUAAAAGUACGUCCUAAGUUAUCGCGAGAUGACAGGCGAUGGAAUUUUUUGCCACAGGGCAGCAAAGCCGAGCUUGACCAAGACGACGAGCAGCGUAAAAAACUAGAAGAGCUGCUGGCAAAAGAAAAGGCGCGGGAAUUGCGCAUGAAAGCAGCCAAUGACAGCGAUGACUUUUCCAACAGUAGUGACAGCUUAUCUACAAGUUCCUCCGAUCCAGAUGAGGCUGAGUCGGCUGCAGCUGACACCAGCCGUGCAUACGGUAGGGAAGAAGAGGCGCGCGAUGUUCAGGUGCCAAUUGGCAAAUGGUAUUACGUGUCCGACUCCCGAGUACAAGAGGUAAACGAGGAAGCUGUGCUAAGAGCUCAAGCUUAUUUGUUGUUCUACGAACGUAUUUAUUAGAUGUUAAACUGAAACGAAACAUGAAAAAUAGACAAACAACGAUGUUGAUGAUCACUUAAUAGGAUGAUUAUCAAAUCAUCAUAUGUACGUAUGUUCGUUUUUUGAUAUACAGAGAAUUUGGAAAUCUCGAUUUAAGCGAUAAAACUGUAAUGUCUUUUCUGAUAUACCAAUUUUGAAAUUAUACAAAUAGUUAGGAUAGAAAGUAGAAAGGCUAUGGCGCGCCAAAAACAAAUACGGGAUGCCAAACAGAAUGCAAGCCAAUGGUACGAGUAUCACAGAGAAGCAUAACUAAAACGCAUGUCGGUGUAAGUUGUUGUUGUUGCCACACGCUGACAACACUCAACACAAAGCAUUUGGUUUUCUUACCUCCGACACACACAUACAACACACACGCUUUUAAUUUGUACUCAAGUAUUUGUGCAAUGAUUUAAAAACCUCUCGGAGUGUCAUUCAACCGUUGCUUCGUGCUAAAUAGAGGGAAUGCGAAAGAGAGAUAAGAGUCAAUUGGUGGUAUGCAUAAUCUAUUGUAUUUGUAUAAACUAACGGGCAAACUUAUUUUAUUUGAAGUUCCCUGCUAAGUUUUUACAUUAGUAAAUUUUUUUUUAGAUUUUACGUCACUUAAAAUUGAGAUUUUAAAUAUUAUACAAUAAUACAUAUUUUGAAAUUAAACGGGUAUUUCGGGGUAUACAUAUUUAUGCAUUUGUUAUAUUUUUUGCUAUCACCGCCACUUUGUUGUAAAUCUCUUAACAUUUAUGUAAAAUAUACCAUUGCUGAUGAUGCAUUUUUUUGUAAAUUCCCCACAUAAUGCGCAUACAUACUUAGACAAUGUGGUGAAGGUAUUCCCGCUCUGUAACUUAAAACUUUCCUAAACUUAAAUUGCACAGUUGUAUGUAUUUCAUUCGGAGUUUGCGCAGAGGCAGGUUGUAAAAGUAUAUGACGAGCAGAUGGGAUGAAGGGUGUUCGUUAAACACAAUAAUAUCUAACAAUUUUAAUUGUAAUUUAAUAUGUAUGAGCUUAAUUAUUUCUCAUCAUUACUAUUAUUGCAUACGAACUUAUUUAAAAUAGCCACUAAAUCAAAUGUGGACAAAUACUUAUAAACUAUGCGUAAAUAAUAAAUCGGUCUUGAAAAUAAAUUAUUAUGAAAUUUUAUGAAA